CGUGGCUGAGUCAGAGGAAGAGGCUCGGAGGCCGGGGGGCGGGGGCGGCACGGAGCGGGCGGUGACGGCGGCGGAGGCAGCGGCUGGGCCCGGGCCCCGUGCGUCUGUCCGCGCCUGGUGGAUGUGAAUCGGCGGCGGCGGCGGCGGAGGAGUCGGUGGGCCGGCGCCCGGCCUGUGGGAGCGCGGAGGAUGAGGCCGCUGCCGGGCGCUCCUGGCGUGGCGGCGGCCGCCGCGUUGUUGUUGCUGCUGCUGCCCCGGGCUCGGUCUGACGAGCACGAACACACGUAUCAAGAUAAAGAAGAAGUUGUUUUAUGGAUGAAUACUGUUGGGCCCUACCACAAUCGCCAAGAAACCUAUAAAUACUUUUCACUUCCAUUCUGUGUAGGGUCAAAAAAAAGUAUCAGUCAUUACCAUGAAACUUUGGGAGAAGCACUUCAAGGAGUUGAAUUAGAAUUUAGUGGCCUGGAUAUUAAAUUUAAAGAUGAUGUGAUGCCAGGUACUUACUGUGAAAUUGACUUAGAUAAAGAGAAGAGGGAUGCAUUUGUAUAUGCUAUCAAGAAUCACUAUUGGUACCAGAUGUACAUAGAUGACUUACCAAUAUGGGGUAAGUACUCUGUUACAAACGUAAAAUGGAAAAAAUCAGAUGUAAAAUUUGAAGAUCGAUUCGACAAAUAUCUUGAUCCAUCCUUUUUUCAACAUAGGAUUCACUGGUUUUCAAUUUUCAAUUCCUUCAUGAUGGUGAUCUUCUUAGUGGGUUUAGUUUCAAUGAUUUUAAUGAGAACUUUAAGAAAAGAUUAUGCCCGAUACAGUAAAGAAGAAGAAAUGGAUGACAUGGACAGAGACCUAGGAGAUGAAUAUGGAUGGAAGCAGGUGCAUGGAGAUGUGUUUAGACCAUCAAGUCACCCUCUGAUAUUUUCUUCUCUCAUUGGUUCUGGAUGUCAGAUAUUUGCUGUGUCUCUCAUUGUUAUUAUUGUUGCCAUGAUAGAAGAUUUAUAUACAGAGAGGGGCUCGAUGCUCAGUACAGCCAUAUUUGUCUAUGCUGCUACGUCUCCAGUGAAUGGGUAUUUUGGAGGAAGUCUGUAUGCUCGACAAGGAGGGAGGAGAUGGAUAAAGCAGAUGUUUAUUGGAGCAUUCCUUAUUCCAGCUAUGGUGUGCGGCACUGCCUUCUUCAUCAACUUCAUAGCCAUUUAUUAUCAUGCCUCUAGAGCCAUUCCUUUUGGAACAAUGGUGGCCGUUUGUUGCAUCUGUUUUUUUGUCAUUCUUCCUCUAAAUCUUGUUGGUACAAUACUUGGCCGCAAUCUGUCAGGUCAGCCCAACUUCCCUUGUCGUGUCAAUGCUGUGCCUCGUCCUAUCCCGGAGAAAAAAUGGUUUAUGGAGCCUGCAGUUAUUGUUUGCCUGGGAGGAAUUUUACCUUUUGGUUCAAUCUUUAUUGAAAUGUACUUCAUCUUCACUUCUUUCUGGGCAUAUAAGAUCUACUAUGUUUAUGGCUUCAUGAUGCUGGUGCUUCUCAUCCUAUGCAUUGUGACCGUCUGUGUGACCAUCGUGUGCACAUAUUUCCUGCUGAACGCAGAGGACUAUAGGUGGCAAUGGACAAGUUUUCUCUCCGCCGCAUCAACUGCUAUCUAUGUUUACAUGUAUUCCUUUUACUACUAUUUUUUCAAAACAAAGAUGUAUGGCUUAUUUCAAACAUCAUUUUACUUUGGAUAUAUGGCAGUAUUUAGCACAGCCUUGGGGAUAAUGUGUGGAGCAAUCGGUUACAUGGGAACAAGUGCCUUUGUUCGAAAAAUCUAUACUAAUGUGAAAAUUGACUAGACACCUGAGACACCUGGAGCUUCGGAUCAGUUUCUCUUUCAUGAGGGUGGAACUUGCACAGAAAAGAAAAAUAAGCGCAAGAAGAGAUUUGGGCUUAACACUGGGUACUUGUGGGUCUCUUUCAUGGAUGGCUUAAAGUAACAUCUAUUUCCAUUGAUCCUAGGUUCUUACUGACUGCUUUCUCCAACUGUUCACAGCAAAUGCUUGGAUUUUAUGCAGUAGGCAUUACUACAGUACAUGGCUAAUCUUCCCUAAACUAGCUCAUUAAAGAUGGAAUAGACCAGCUCUCUUCAGUGAAGAGGACAAAUAGUUUAUUUAAAACAUUUGUUUCAACAAAAGAACUGAGGGAAACUUGGAUGCUAAGAUUCCAUGAGUAGAAAUCUUCUUGGCACUUGGUGUUUCUAUGUUAUUGAAAAAUGAUGUUCCAGAAAGAUUAUUUUUUCUCUUAUUUUUACUGCCAUUGUUGAUCUAUUGUGGGACAUUUUUAUAUAUUGAACCUGGGUUGUUUUUGACCUGUUUUUGGUCGUCCCUCCAUUCAACUGCAUCUUUUUUUUUUAAAGCAAAAUUAAAAACUAUUAAAUUCUGCAUGGGAUUUAUCUUCUGUCAUCUUAAUCUUAGUUGGAUCAACCUCAUUUAUUUAUCUUAAAAUUAACCAGUUAUAAUAUCUCAAUUCCAUCCAAAGAAAAUACAGUAUGAAAAUAGAGGUGUACUCACUAUAAAGCAAUUUACUGUACAGUUAGCAAGCAAAGUGUUAAAUGAAGAAGAUACUUGUUUUAUUAAACAUCUGGAGAUUUAGAUAAAUUACAUUUUAACUGAAUGUCUAAAGUGAUUAUCUUUCCCUCCCUCCCCCAAGUUAGUCUUACAUCUUUUUUUGGGUUUCAAUGAAGGCUUUACAUAAGAAAUUAUUUAAAAAAAUAAGGGUGGGUCAAUAAGUGUAUAUAACAGUAAUAACGCCUUGUAGGUGUAGGUUUCUGGAUGCAUUUGGAUGUACAGAUUGACUGGAGGACUUUUGGGGUGAUUGGUGUAGAAAUGUGUGGGUUUGGGUGGCUUUUUACAUCUUGCCUACCAUUGCAUGAAACGUUGGGGUUUCUUCAAAAUGUGUGUGUCACACUUCUUUUGGGAGGGGUUGUCUUCUUCUUUUAUGAAACUUCUCCUUGAGCUAAAUUUGUAAUUUAGAAACAUUUAAUUUUGUUAAUCCUGUCUGGGACAUUUAAGUAACAUCUAAAGCAUUAUUGCUUUAGAAUGUUCAAAUAAAAUUUCCUGACCAAA